AUGGUAAAAAAAUUGGAAAUAGUCAUCAAUCCCCUGGAAAACUUCCACAAUUGUAACGGCUGCCUCAAAUAUGGGGUAGUAGAAGCUAGCACUCCCCAAACUAUUGCUCUAACAGUUGCUAGUAUUAGUGACAAGGGAGUUAAAUCCCCUCCUCUCUACUAUUGUUUCAAUUGUGCUGACAGCGAUUUCAUCACCAACAUCAGGAGAGAAAUAACUGCUGAUAUGACAGAAAUAAGAUGUAGUAUUUGUGGACUAAUAAAAAUAGAAGGUUCUCAAAAUAUUUUUAUAACUCCUACUAAGACAGAUAAUUUAGGUUACAAAACAGAAGAACCAACUUACUGUUUGGCAUGUGCUUAUGAAAAUAGAAUAAAACAACAAGUGGAAGCAUCUACUUUCGAACAAAGAAGGGCUAAACAUAGAAAAGAAGAGCAAGAGAGUUGGAGAAAGUUUUUCCAUGAUCGAAAUAUUAAGGGUUAG